UAGAAGUACCCUUCACCAUCAUUUAAGACCUAUGCAAUAUUGGUGCGUCUACUGCCAAACGGAUUUGAGAUACAAAACAGAAUGGAAAGAGCACAUAAAAACCCACAAGAAGAAAGUUGGGGGAGCGAAUUUAGGGAAUAAUAAUAAUCAUCCCAACCAUCAAAUCAAACAUGAAUCCCCCACGGUAGAACUUAAUGGGAUCGACACUCUGCGAAAUUACUUGUUGAAAAGAAAAUCCAAUGAAGAAAUUUCAGCGGCGGACAUCUCUUUAAGAAAAAAUGACAAGAGUAUUCUCACUCAACAAAGCUUUGAUAAUAAGUUCGAAAAAACAACAUUUUAUAACGAACAACCAUUGAGUCUAAGGAAGAUUAGGAACGCACUCAACAAUGGUGAUCACAAGCCAACGGAACACGUUUCUCCCGACUUUGUGUGUGCCUUGUGCGGGCUCGCUUUGAGUGAUAAAAACGUGUUUUUAAACCAUUUGUUUGUGCACAAUCAAAUUUUUUUGGCCUCCCAUGUCAACUCGUUGGAAGGUUACAAUAGCAGCGGGUAUUCUAUGGUUGGAGGUUCUUUAUCUUCUAGCGACAUGGUAAAAAACAUUCAAAAAAUAGGAUGUGACAUCGUAACCAAAAUGAAUAAGCUUUAUGAUGGGAUGGACGACAAAUUUUGGGGAAACCUUUUGGAUCACGAAUCAUCUACGAAGGCCUCCCGUUUUAACAAAGAUUCUUUCCUCGUGCCAGUUCAAUCGGCCCAAAGAUUAGCAUGCGAAUAAUGGAAAUACAAAAAGCAAUUUUAUAAAUAAAGUCGGUAAUCUAAGCAAUAAAGAAUCAAACGAUAUUUUUUUAAAGAACCGAGAUGGAAAAGAAGCAAUCGUCUAAAUACACGAAAUCUCAAUUACAAAACAUUAUUACAACCGGAAGCUAUGGCUAUUCCAUGAUGGAUGGUUCCAACUUCUAGUGAAAUGGUAAAAAAACAUUCAGAAAAUAGGGUGCGACAUUGCUACCAAGAAGAAUAAACUCUAUGAUGGGAUAGACAAUAAAUUUUGGGGAAAUCUUUUACAGCGUAAAUCGUCUACAAAUGAUGUGGCGUCCAACUUCGAUAAGGAUGUUUUCCCCUAAUAAUAUAUGAUCGAGAAUGAGGUUGUUAUGACCACGCUAUUUUUCGUGGCAUAUAAAUAUAUUGAUAUUAAAGGUGCUUCCAAAUAUUUCAAAAUCCCCGAAGAUAAACUUCAGAAAUAUUACCAAACCUUUUGCAUGGGUACUAUGAGUUCGGGAUAGAAGAGCAUGCGCCUAAUAAUGAGCUCAAUAAUAUGAGUUUCUAGAAAACUAAUUAUUCAUCCAAACAACUACCCUACACUCUUUAGAUUAAUUAGAACAAACGAACAACUCCUAGCUGCAUGAUCCUCAUCCAAAAGAUACUAACAAUAAUUUUGUCAAUAAGCAGGCAUUAAAAGUUCAAAUGAUAUUUCUAGCUUAGCCCAUAGGAGAUUCAUAAAUUCGCACUCUUCUAAAAAGGAUAUGGCCAAGAAACAAUCAUCCAAAUACACGAAAUCUCAAUUUACUAUCAAUAAUUUUGUCAAUAAGCAGGCAUUAAAAGUUCAAAUGAUAUUUCUAGCUUAGCCCAAAGGAGAUUCAUGAAUUCGCACUCUUCUAAAAAGGAUAUGGUCAAGCAACAUCAUCCAAAUACACAAAAUCUUAAUUAAAAAAAAUGAAUAACAGUCAUUCACGGCCAAAAAACGGUUGUACAAGUCUCAAAAUUUAUAUGGUAUUCCAUACAGGACAUUUUAUGACUAUAUAAGAAACUAC